AAAAAAAAAAAAAUUGAGCCUUUUAGAAACCCUAGCUCCAUUUCCCCUCAAAAUUUUUUCCAAAAUCUCUCUGCAUUUUAUCCCGUCUCAGAGGGCAAAUCGUGUUUUGUUAUUCUUUCUUGGUUUGUGUUCUUCUGAAUAAGGCAAUAACCUGAGAAAGCUCUUCUGAUAAGAAUGCGACUUGGCAUUGUGUCAUUUUGGGAAGAGUUUUUAAACUUUUCUUAUCUACCAGACAAAUAUACGCAUAUGGAGGAGGAAAAGCUUUCUCUUGCUUUGUAACUUUGUUGUUUUUUUGAAAGUGGAAGUGUAUAGCUAUUCUUUGUUUUUGACGCUCCUAAUAAGUUGUUGUAGUGUAUACGUCAAAUGUCAGAAGGUGUUAUGGCGGUAGUAAAACCUGAGAUGAAGUCUUACAUCUGGCUUCAGACAGCCGAUGGUUCAAUUCAACAAGUAGAAGAGGAGGUUGCUAUGUUUUGCCCCAUGAUAUGUAGAGAAAUAAUUCAAACAGGCAUGGGAUCUUCCAAAAACUAUGCAAUAUCCCUUCCCCAACGGGUUAACCCUGCUAUAUUGGGCUUAAUACUUGAUUAUUGCCGGUUUCACCAAGUACCAGGCCGCUCUAAUAAGGAACGCAAAACUUAUGAUGAGAAAUUUAUUCGGAUGGAUACAAAAAAGUUAUGUGAAUUGACGUCAGCUGCCGAUAGCCUCCAAUUGAAGCCUUUGGUCGAUCUCACAAGCAGAGCACUUGCACGAAUAAUUGAAGGGAAAACGCCCGAGGAGAUACGUGAGACCUUUCAUUUACCAGAUGAUCUAACAGAGGAGGAGAAGUUGGAGCCUCUGAGAAACAUAACCGAUGAUCCACGUAUUCGCCUUUUGAAUCGAUUAUAUGCAAGAAAGAGGAAAGAGUUAAGAGAGAGAGAGAAAUUGAAGAAUGUUGAGGUUGAGGAAGAGCGAGUGGAUGAGCGCUCAGUUGAAGACCUCUUGACAUUUAUAAAUGGUGGAGAUGGAGAAUCAAAGGGAUCUAGGACCAAUAAGAACAAGAAGAAAAAUCGGAGGAGAAGAGAUCAACCGAAGAAUUCUUCAAGUGAGGCUAAUGGAAACCAUAAUAAGGAAUUGGAUGCUCUUUCUCCUGCUUUCCAUGAUAGUGGGGCCUCUCCCAGUAAAUCAACGAAGUUGCAAGAUUCUACAUCUGUUUCCUUUUCACCAAAGCUUGACUUUGACGAUGCAGAUAUUGAUGAUGAUUUAGAUCCGGCCAUGAAGGAGGAACUUGACAGGGAAGUUGAGGACUUUGCACGUAGAUUAAAUUCACAUUGGCCAGACAGAAUGCAGGAGAUAUUAUCCCUUGGCCAAGAAAGAAGGCUUCUACCAAUGUCUAUAAAUGGCGAUGGUUCCAGGAGAUACAGUAGUUUGGAGCAGAGAUAGUGGCACUUUGUUAGAAUAUUCAUUUGCGGAAUGCUCAGCAGCAGCUUUGAGCGGAUUGGAAGAUGCUAGCAUGCAGUUCGCUGCUACAGAAGCUGUGGAAAAGUUGGCAAUAUUUUCGCUUCAGCAGCGAGUGAGUAUAUUUGUUUGUUUUAACAUCAUCCAGAUGCAAUGUUUCAUCUUGUGGGAAUCCAUGUAUUCGGGAAUGAAAAAGAUGUUGGAGAAGAGAAGGAAAACUGAAAAUUCAAGGAUGACAACAUGGGCAAAUAUGCUCAUUUUGUUCCGAGAUUGUUGUUUGUUGUUGCUGUUGCUUGUUACUUUUCAGCCAUGAAUGUUGGCUAGCCCCUGUACUGUACUUGUUGUACCGUUGUUGUUUUUGCAGAUUUUUUUGUUUCUUUUCUUUAUUUCAGUUCUUGUA